CCACUAACUCAGCCUUGUAACCUGUUGCUGUGACCGCUCUACCUGCACUGGUGUGACGCUCCUCUCUGGUGUCAUUAACAUUUAGUGCCGUGGAUUAUUCUGCAUUUACUAGACUUUGGGGACACAAGCUAAGGAGCAGGAAGAUGGAUUGGGUGGCAGUGUGGGUGGCAGGUGUGUGGGCGGCAGUGGUGAUGGUGGGUGAUGGAGAGGCUUUCAGUAGUGUGAGUGUAGCUGUGGUGUGUGACUCCAUGCAGCCAGGACACCUGUCUCUGGGCGCCCAGACCGACCCGUCUCCAUACCACAUUCACAUCACUUCCAAGGAUGACUAUUACUACGUGACGGUUUUUGGAGAGAAAAACCGGGAAUUUAAGGGCUUCAUGCUACAAGCCAGGGACAGUAAGGGCCAGCGUGUGGGUCGCUUUAUCAAGGUACAGAAGCCAGGCAGGAUCAUAGACUGUUCUUCCCACGACGGCGGUGCGGUGCAACACAAGAACAGUGACCCCAAGACACAAGUGACAGCUAGCUGGGUUCCUGAGGACUUCAAAGGCCAGGUGCAAUUCAGGGCGACUGUAGUAGAGUCCUACACGACUUACUGGGUGAACCUGCUGUCUCAGCCACUCACCGUCUAGCAACAUGGAUGAGCCUACCGUCUGAAAUACUCACCGUCUGAAUAUCUUAAUGGACCGUGUAGCCACUAGGAUGGAUGUCCUCUAUGACCCUCUUCAUUUAAUAUGGCGAGGAUGGCACCUAUACAGCCCAGUAGCAUUCAGGCUUCCUCUACGUUAGACACACCAGUAUUGAAAGUUUGAAGCUGAUCAGAAGUAGCAUUGUUAAGUUAUCGAAUGACAAAUUCAAAGGAAAAAAAAUCCGAUAAUCUCUAUAGGUAUCUUUCCAGGGGUACCUAAUUUACAGAUUAUAUUAUUUGAUGUUAAAGGUGUACUUAGUUAAUACUUGUUAUUUGUGUCACAUAUACUAAUAAUUAUUUUUUUACCGUUGUUGUCGAAAUGUUUUAUCAAGUUUUGGCAUAAAAAUUAUACGUAAUGCUCACUUAUAUUACGUCACUGCAGUACAGCAACACAGUACUGUACAUCUACACUUCGCUUACUUCGUCUUCGAUCAACGUUGAUGUCUCCAAGAUUCUAGCUCAUCUUUGUAUCCGACAUGAAGCCUACAGUGCAAGGCAAAGUGUUUCAUUAAUAAAGAUUCCUAGUGUUGCAAAUGUGUCUUUCUUAUGAACUUGUCCGUAUUGUAUACCAUUUAUUACACGAUCCUUGUCUAACACUGCAAAAUAAUGGUAACUCGGUGCAAGGAAUGCCUUCAGCAACUCUUCUGUUAACAAAUGUUUAACAUGACCUAUUCCUACUUGUAGGUCCAGCUCACCUGUGACCUCAUCUCCAAGCUGCUACGCCUCAUCUUCACGUAAAUAAGUACAUCAAACUACAUCUAAACUUCGUCUACUUCGUCUUCCAUCAUUGCCGAUGUCUCCAGGAUUCUGAUUCAUCUCUGUAUUCGACUGAUGAAGCCUGCAGUGCAGGCGAAACUUUUCGUCAAUAAAGAUUUCUAAUAUUGUACAGUAUUGUGCAGCAUAUAUGACACAAUUUGUAUCUUACAAACUAUUUACUACGCGAGGGUCAUUAAAGCAUCAUGUAACCUGUUCACUGCCAGUCAACAGUACUUAAUCCCUAAAGUAGGGGUUAAAGUGAACCGCUUAUGUACAUACACUGAGGGACAUGUUCAUAAGAACAAAAGAAAGAACUGCAACAGGCUUACUGGCCAUGCUAGGCAGCUCCAAUUCACACCAACCCACACCCAAUCAUGUACCAGU